GAAAGAAGAAGACCCAACUGUGACGAUGGCUUCGUGGGUGCCAUGGACGCUGAUGCUGGCGCUGCUACCGACAAGCGCGACGGAGUUGCUGAAGGACGAGGCUGAGCGUCAACGUCUGCGCGACGAGCUCACGCGUAUGGCUAAGAAUUACUUCAAGCUGCUGCUGCUCUGGGCUUUCCGCGCCGCGCAGAUCUUCGCUGGCAUCUCGUUCCUCUUCGCCACGGCCUCGCUGCUCUAUGCAUUUAUGUACUACCUUGUCAUCCCGUCUAGAUUCCAUGAACAAGACAUUUUCUUCAACUAUGGGAAUCGCCACAUGGACAUUUAUGUCCAGGGGGGGCAAACGCCUAUUAUCCCAACGGCGUCUUUGGAACUGCAGGAUCCGGUACAUCAGUGGCAGUCAUUUGUGGUCAAGCCUGACGAGCCGACGCAGCCUGUACUUGUCCCUGGUGUAACGUACGACGUGAUCGUAAAGCUGACAGUGCCAGAGUCGCGAACCAACGCGGAGGUUGGUGUAUUCAUGGUAUCGACGACGUUAUACUCAAACCAGGAGAGGGGACUAGCAGCGAGUGCUCGACCUGUGACGCUGCAUGACAUGCCGGCGCCUGUGCGCUGGAUGAGACUAGCAUUUUGGCUCAUGCCCUACGCGUUGGGCUUUACGGAACCUGCUCAGACGCUUCGCGUGACAGCGAUCAACGGAUACCAGGAGAGCACCGAGUACCCUCUUACGCGCGUGGACAUUGAGCUGAACACGCCAAAGCUACAGGUCUACUCGGCCAAGCUUACAGUGAUUGCGCAGCUGACAGGUCUUCGGUAUUUAAUGUACCAUUGGGCAGUACCGACAGCGAUUUUGUUCAUUCUGAACAUUGUCUUCUUGGAAGCACUGGCACUGAUCAUUUUGUACGCGGUGUACGCUCUACCGCAGCUGGACGAGGAAGCAGCUGCUGACGCUGCGGUGCUGGAAGCUGCGGCUGCUGAUGCACGUGAUAAGGCGAAAAAGUUGUUCGAGACGGACUCGGCACCAGAGACUGAGGGUAUGGAGAAUGAAAAGAGCGAGACGCUGAUUGACGAGGUGGCAUUUACUACAACGAGUAUGGAGACAUUGUCGGCGGUGGUUGAGGAAGCAUCUGAGGACGUGGACGAUAUGAAGGAAGACAAGGUGGAAGUGAAGAAGGAGCCUGUGGUUGACGAGUAAGGAAUGUGGCAGUCGUGGUUGCCCGAUCUUCUCUUAAGGAUUGAGAUCGAACGGAAAGAACCACGUGGUUUUCAGCUGAGUUGUUUUAUUGAAGCGCGAACGGCAAAGGAGGAGAAGCUCGGUUGGUACACGGUGCAUUUUUUUAAUUGCAAUACAUAUGAAAGGUGGAGACAGCAAUUGCCUUCAGACCUGACGAUGAUUUUGACUUGAUUUGGCUUGAAAACCCUACGCCGGAAGGUACUUUUCGUCCACUAGCUCAAAGUUCAUCAGCCUGUUGCUGUGGCGCUGCUCUUUUCCUCCAGCCGCGCAUCUACAGUACUCUCCUUUGUCUGCAGUGUUUGUUUAGUGACUUCCUAGCUGCGAAGACGUCGAUUAGCUUCUUUGCUUGCUCACCUGUGGGGUGUACG